AGCCGGACGCUUAAGGAAAGGCCCUCCCUGCGGUACUCUUGUUUCUGUGUCCGUCCGUCCCUAUGCCUGGCGUAUCUGAUUUCCCAGGAUGCUUUGCGAGCGCCACUUCUCUUCCGGUUUUGCUUCCGAGCUGUAGUGGCGGCGGAGGUUUUAAGCCAUGGCCAAGUCCAAGAACCACACCACCCACAAUCAGUCUCGCAAGUGGCACAGAAAUGGUAUUAAGAAACCCAGGUCAAAUAGAUACGAAUCUCUAAAAGGGGUUGAUCCUAAGUUCUUGAGGAACAUGCGCUUUGCAAAGAAACACAACAAAAAAGGGCUGAAAAAAAUGCGAGCCAACAAUGCUAAAAAUGCCAAGUAACCAACUCAUCUUUGAACACCAAAAGGGACUGAGUUGCUAGGAACUUGGAUCAGAAUUUUUCUCCAUUUCAUUUUUAUUCCAGGCAUUUUGUUUAAAUAAAAUUGAAAUGCACAGGUGUAAA